UGAGGACAGCUACGUCAGAUCCUGAACUUGAGCGCCAUUUUUUCCUCAAUAGGCGAAGAAAGAGACAAAAGCUGUACCAAAAAAUAACUUAUUUCAGGAGGAAGUCGGUAAAGAUUGGGCUCCAUAUUUGACUACAUCCCCCCCGCAGCGCUGUGUGCAGACAGAGGAUGCUGCUCGGAUGACUCUCCGCGUGCAGCGCUGGCAGCAGACGCAGCUCACCGUCACACACGGGUCGCUGGAAGUGGCAGCGUUAGCUCGGUCGGAGGUGGCACAGCGACGACUAACGUUAAGAUACACCACGAUCGGACGAGGUCUGUGAAAAAUAAUGUAUCAGGUUCCAGUUGAAAAUCUUGAAAAGAUCCGAAAGGCUCGCAAGGCAGUGAAAAAUAUCCUCUCCGAGAUCGGCCUGGAAGAUUGUCAGACGUUACUGAAGGACCUGAACGAAAAGUCAGAGAAGAAGGCAGAGGAAGAAGUAGCUUUUCGCAAAACCGACUGGGUUGAUAUCACAGAUGGAUUCAGCGUCAGACAGAAGAAAAAGUGGCCGUAUCGGUCUCGAGCGCUGUGUUGCAGCCUGUGCAAGUACGCGACGCACAACAUCUACAACUUCAGGAGUCAUGUCUCCCGCUGCCACGGAUUUGUUCAGUCGUUCUGUGCACUGGCAACCUGCUCCCGGUGCCUCUUCAUCGCCCACCCCAAGUUUGUCAAGAAGCACAUGCUGUACUUUCAUUCCAAACUUCCCAUUCAGUCACCGUUGUCGAGGGAGGGGUCGUCAACCACCCAUCGUGGAAACGAGAGGUACCAGUGUCGGCGGUGCGGCUAUCCGUCCUCUUCCAUCUUUGCAAUAAAGAAGCACAUUAUCCUCAAGCACCUGGACAAUUUGGCAGAGCAGUAUAUUGGUUACAGGCUACAGAUUCAAGGGGCUACGUCUGUGAAGAUCUACUGCUGCAAAGUCUGUAAGGUCAGCAGUGGAAGUUUAGACCAAAUGCUGCAUCACAUGCUGAUCGAGCCGGCGCACUUUGCAGUCAGCGCACAAGUCCAGGGCUUGAUUCACGAAAACAAGAACUACGCCGUUAAACCAACACCCAAUGGAAAUGGUGUGUUUGUGACUUUCUCAAACAUCGCCCCUAAACCCCAGCAACCUCAAGUGUUCAGCAGCAAGCCUGUGGUUUUACCAAGCAACGGCCAGCCAGCCGGGACUGUGGUGGCGCUGCAGCCGCUACAGGGAGCUACAAACAGUACGACUCUGAUCUGUGCUCCCGGAACCAACCAAGCUUUUCUGCCCCCUCAGGCGUCGGCUCUAGUGCAGCUCGCUAGUGCUGAGGCUAAAGGUUUGCUGCAGCCUGGUGCCACGAUAGCUCUCCGAAGUGCUUUGCCCCAAGGACCGUCCAUGCUUCAGCUCCCCACUCUUUCCAACGUGUCCCUGAAACAGGCACCGGUGGCUCUAGCUCCCGCUUCCUCUCAGCUACAGCAGCCGCCACAAGCGCAGCAAAUCCUCGUUCCGUCUGGACUACAGGCCAACGUGGCAGCUGGAACGGGGGCUGCGUCUAAGCCUGCAGGGGCCACACAAAAGCCACCGAACCACACAAACCUGCAAAGCCACACGGCCCUGCAGGGCACCGUGCUCACUUCACAGUCUCUGCUCAAUCACCUGAUUCCGACUGGCAACAGGGUGAAUGGUAUGCCCACGUACACCUUUGCCCCGCUGCAGGUAGCGGUGCCUGCCUCCCAGAGCACGACCACCCCUCACAAGUCCGUGGAGCAACAGAGCAUCCCCACGCCACAGACUAAGAAAUGGAUUACCUGUCCCCUCUGCAACGAACUGUUCCCCUCCAACGUCUUUGACAUGCAUACGGAGGUGGCCCACCAGACUAAAUCUAUUGCAUCCAAGUCAGAAAGCGUGGCGGCUCGAGCGGCAUUCUUAAAGAAAAUGCCAGACAAGACUGUUAAAUGCUUAACAUGCAAAAUCUUACUGUCGGAGAAGAGCGUCUUCCAGCACCUGCUGCACGGCCUCCAUUGUUUGUACUGCUCUGCCUUGUUCUUUUCCAUCAAGCAGCUUAUCGAACACGUGAAACAACACAAUCCCACGAGCAGAGCGUAUUGUGAUUUCCUGAGACAGAAGUAUAGGGUCUACUCCAAAGGUAUCGGGGGGAUCCUUUUUCCUUAUUUUGACGUUAACACCACUGCACCGAAGGAGAUUCUAGGAGAGACCGAGGUCAACCUCGCCCUCGUCACAAACUCCCUUGACCUGAUUUUCUUUAAGUUACAGCCCAGCAGCCAGCCAGACAUCUGUCCCGCGCCUGCCAAAGUCAGCAGUGCGUACUGUCCCUUCUGCGACGAGAAGUUUGACAAUGACUUCAAACACCACCAGCACCUGAAGCAGAAACACUUCGUAGCACCCACCAUUCACGCCAUCCUCAAGACCGAGGCGUUCAAGUGCGUAUACUGCAAUGGCGUGUACACUGGGAAGGUCACGCAGCAGGCGGUGAUGCUCCACAUUCAGCGGUGCCGCUGUUCCCCGAAACCGCCCCAGCUGCCAAAACCUGCAGCACCAGCACCAGCACCGCAGCUUCCAAACCCACCUCAGCAGCUCAGUCAACCUUCUGGGCUCUACUUCCUCCAGGUGCCCCCGGGACUGACUAUGAAACAGACUGUAGCGCCGGCCCGCGUGCUCACGGCCGCAUCCACCACAGAGUCGCCAGAAUCGGAAGCCGAGCUUCAGUCGAAGAAGCGCCUGGAGGCUGCGCUGAAGCAGGCCAUGGAGGCCAACAAACGGGAGCGAGAAGAAAGGGCGGCCAUGCGCAGGAGGCGGGAGCAGGAGAAGCUGCUGCCGCCGCCCCCUCCGCCGCCACCGCCGCAACCGGAGCCCGAGGUUCAAAGCAGCAGCACGGUGAAGCUGGCGCUGGAGCCCAAGGCCAUCGAGUGCCGCAGCAGCGAGGAGCGCAGGGACUUCAUAUCCAAGUACUUCAACCUGAACCCUUACGCCACCAAAGCCGAGACCGAGGAGCUGUGCAGGAGGCUGUCUCUCUCCAGGUCGGAGAUAGCGGCCCACUUCAGCAAGAAGCGCACCAAGUGCUUGAAGACGGUCAAGAGGAACUCUGCCGUCGUCCUCCUCGGCUUCAACAUGGCAGAGAUGAGCAAACUCAAGCACAAUCUCAUCGUCCCAGCGCAGCGACCCACCGAUCCCUUAGAGCAGCUUCCCUCCGGUACGGCGGAGUGUUCAGACGAUCCAGAGCCGAUGGAUGAAAGUGGAAACGAGAGAGAUGCAGAGCCGAUGGAGUGAAUACAGACGUGUAGGAAGUCUGAAACGCACACAAUGCAAACUGGGAUGCAACCGGCUGGAAACGAAACAAACCCGACACUCGAUGGCGGCGUUUAGUGUCGACAGUCACAACACAAGUAGGGUCCCAUACCUUUAACAUAAGCCUUCACUGCUUCAUUUGGUCCGUAUCAAAGUGUCAACAUACAUAGAGAGCAGUGCUGUGAUGCUUGUUUUAGAACAUAAUGAAUAAACAUGUACUGUUUGAGAUAUGGUGCAUAUUGUUAAGCUGCAGCGUUGUACAUCUGAUCACAGUCCCAUCAACCAUGCCCGUCCCCAGCGUGAGCACUGUUUUACUCCUCCUAGCUGCUCCCCCACCUUUUUAUUUAAGCCUAAUUGUGUGAAUAUAUGAUAACAACCAUAGUGUAGUGCACACCUCAGUAUAAAGAUGAGUUGUUGUAAUAUGCUUCUCUACAUAGUUGGACCUAUUUCUGUCAUACAGAGCUUCGUUAGUGGAUCGUUCAUAUUAUGUUGAUCCCUUUCCAUGUUUUAACAGUUCAAGAGGAAGUGUCGCAGUUCUAAGCCCAGACUCUUGUGAAGUUGCUUAAUUCCUCGCAUCAACAAACAUUUGGUUGGUAGAAAUCUCUGACCGUGUAGCUUGCAUGAGCAUCUGUUGAACUGUCAGAAUAAAUGAUUUGUGCCAUUGUGAAAUCUACAUAUUUACACAGACUGGUGGGAACUAACCUAGAGAUUCAACAAAACAUUGACAUUGAUUUCUGUCAUUGUAUUUCUUCUGUUGUGUUCAUUUUUUUGUACUGCACCCACAUUUUCUAUAAUUCACUGAGGAGCAAGAAUGUUGAGAGAUAGAGGUUCACAUUUUGGGCCACUGUGUUGUAAAAGAACAAAGUGGUUUUGCUUUUAUGUAAAUUCAUUUUCAACAUUUAAUUUUAUUUGGUAAUAAAAUAUUUUGAAUUAA